AUGGCGCAUCCCGAAAACAUUGCCAGAGAUGAGUUAGAAGUUCUAGAAGAGGUCAACGUAGAUUCUAAGUCUAAAAAGCCGAUUAACGAUGUAAAAAUGAUUGUCAUUGCGGUGGAUGUUCAACCACAAUUUACAAAUGAAAUAACUUUCACUUGUCGUGAACAUUUGCUACAAUGGGUCCGAAAUGAAGCAAGUAAAUUUGGAUUUAGCGUUCUGAUAGCAAGGUCUGACAAUGGCACUAGUAGAAGGCAAACAUUUGUUGUGAUGAGAUGCGAGAGGGGUGGGAAGUAUGUUCCAACAAAUUGGAAGUUAAAACAUGAUGACACGGGAUUAAGAAAGUGUAUGUGUUCUUUUAAGUUGCGCGUAUCUUGUAGGGUUGAUGGCUUGUGGCGUUUUAGCGUCAUCUGCGAAAUUCAAAGUCACGCAUUGGAGGCCAAGCUACACGACCAUCCAAUUGUGUGA